AUGUCGCGUCUUUUAAAACAGCAGGAACAGCGUCAGACGGUUAUUGAUGGAAAAGAAAAUGUGGUGUCUUUCAAAACAUCAACUGUAAAAAAUAACAAAUCAACAACUUCUAGCAUUGUUACCAAUAAAACACCUCAACUUAAGACAGUUGUCACGGCUCAACAAGCGAGAACGCCUGUAAAUGCGUUGCGCAACAAAACCAAUAAAACACCUCAACUUAAGACAGUUGUCACGGCUCAACAGGUGAGAACGCCUGUAAAUGCGUUGCGCAACAAAACCAAUAAAACACCUCAACUUAAGGCAGUUAUCACGGCUCAGCAGGCGAGAACGCCGGUAAGUGCGUUGCGCGACAUAACCAAUAAAACACCCCAACCUAAGACAGUCAGGCUUAAUAAAGAUGGAUAUCAUGACACGCCAGCAGUCACAAAGCAACAAAAAAAUUCAAAAGGCAUGUUAAAGGAUCGAAUAGUGAAAAAAAGCACACUAAAAGAUAAUCUAAAAGAAGAAGAUGACGUGCCCGAAAUAGAAUAUUGUCCAUCUCCAAUCGAAGAACUACCCUACGAACCAUUGGAUGAAGAUCUUAAAUUCGAUUGGGAUGCAUUACGACACCCGCCUAGUGUUACUGCGUACGAGUUUGAAAAUAUAAAAUAUGAUGAACUACCAUUUCCAGAGAUUAAUCCAGAUGAUUAUAAGUCCAGAGAGGUCAUUGAUGAUUAUGGCAAGUAA